UCUACUUUGCCGACUUAAUAAAUAAAUGCAACAUAUAUAUAUAUUUUUUAUCAACUUGACACGUGAUUGAUCGUUAAUUUAAAAUUUAUUUUCUUCCGAAUUGUAAUUCGAUAGUAAACCUGACACGAGUGAUAAUCGAUCAUCGAGUUGAGUUGUUUUUAAAUAAUCGAACUCUAUGACGACAGCUAGUGGAGUCUUGUUGUAUUACCCCUUAUUUUUUAGCGUAAGCACAACAUCCCCUUGAUGUGGACAACUGACAAUUAACCAGUGUUUAAUUUUUAUUGCUUUUGACAUUUUGGUGAUGGUAAUAAUUUUAAUUAUAAUUUUAAAUUGUUAGCAUGAGCAGAAUGUUAUUAUGGAGAUGAUCUGAGACAGAACUGACAGUGUCAGUGGACAGUUUUAAAUAUUAUUGACAGUAAGAGGGUUAUUUUUUAGUUUAAAAUAUUUUGACACGAUGCAAUUAUGCCAGUGGAACUGUUUGGAGUGUGCGGAGAACUGGAGAUGUUUGAGAUAAUUUUACUGUCGAGUAAUGCGAUACAUUAUGCCGCGGAGGAGGGUUAUCACAGGCGCGAUGUCAAAAAGACUGAGUUUCUUUAUUCUAGUCGGCUUAACAUCUCUUUGUAUUCUUGUACUAGUAUUUAAUCAACGGUAUUAUAAUAUCAUUGAACAUCGAUUACAACCAGUGAUAUCGGAUGUGGAGAUAAGGUCGCGGAAUAAUAUCAAGCAACAUCAAGAUCCAUUUACGAUUUUUUCAGAAAGAAUAAAUCUAUCGUUCUUGGAAAUCCAAGAUGUUGUUGAUCAGCAGCGACGUGAUAUCGAACGUGAUAUGGAGACUUAUGAAUAUCCCAAUGGAAAAUAUGAUCUAAAUAUCAGCAAUCUUGAUGAUUUGCUGAUGGAAAAAGGUGGAAGACCAAUGAGAAGUGUUAUUCUUGCUAAUUGGCGAAGCGGCAGUACAUUUUUAGGUGAUGUUGUUAAUUCACAUCCAGCAAAUUUUUAUCAUUACGAACCACUGCUGGAUUUUGGUAUCGUCCAAGUACGAGGUCCUCCACUAGCUCAAGCUGCGAUUGAUAAUAUCUAUGCAUUAUUCAAUUGUGAAUAUAAUAAACUACAAAACUAUUUAGAUUUCGGUAAAACUCACCCUUGGGUUUUUAAUCAUAAUACACAUUUAUGGACACAGUGUGUAAUUCAUAGAAAAAUAUGUUGGGAUCCGUUAUUUGUAACGAAAUUUUGUCGCAUAUUUCCGUUUCAAUCAAUGAAACUAGUACGGCUAAGGUUGAGGAUUGCUCAGGUGUUACUAGAGGACGAAAGUCUUGGAGUUCGUAUGGUUUUAUUAAUAAGAGAUCCGCGGGGACUAAUGCAAUCGCGUAAGCAUCGAAAUUGGUGCCCAGAUAGUCCUGAUUGCUCAGAUCCAGCACGCGUUUGCGCUGACAUGGUGUCUGACUAUGAAGCCGCUGUGCGACUUAAAGAAAAAUAUCCUCGCAAUUUCAAAGUCGUACGCUAUGAAGAUCUAUCUGUUGAUCCAUUUUCAAAUGUCAAAGAACUAUUUGAAUUUUACGGUCUAAACUUUCACCCGCAUGUUAUUAAUUUUUUGGAAACUCAUACUAAAAAUGAUUUCGGUGGUGUGUCAAGUACAUUUCGUAAUUCAAAAGCCGCGCCAUUUCACUGGCGUAAUGAUCUUGAUUUUGAGGAAGUUGAAGAGAUUCAAAGUGUCUGUUCAACGGCAAUGAGACUGUGGGGAUACGUUCUUGCUAUCAACGAAACUCAUCAAAAAGAAUUUAAUCCAAUUGCUAGAAAUUAUCAGCCUUUAUAAUAUAUAUUUAUUUAUAUCAUCAUUUGUACGAUAGUCAUUUUUUUACUUUAUCGAAGCAACUGGCAAUUUUUUAAAAAUAUUUAUAUUACACGCUCGUACAUUCCGUUAAUAAUAUUUUAUAAUAGUAUAUUACACACCAAGGGUGGAAAGUAAACAAUUAUACACGCGGGUUGAAAUGCCCUACUUUCCAUCCUUGCUGUGUAGUAUACUAUUGUUGCUUUAAAUUUAUUUGCUAUAGUUUUUAUACACAGAAAUUAAAGGAUUUUUUGGCAAGUAAAAAUUUUCUUGUGGCAAGUAAAAAAUGGCACCAAGAAAUCCUGCUUUUUCUGUGUAAAUGUUUAGCUAUCCCUAGCAGAUCCGAAUUACGGUAAAUUAGUACCUCAAUUUAUGGCAUUCGGAAAAACUGCCGUAAUUUAUCGCAACUUACAGUAACCUACCUCAAAUUACGGUAAUUUAUGGCAAAUUCGCCGUAAAAUUUGCUGCAAUAUUGCGGUAGUUUACGGCAAAAGUGCGACAUUGUACCGCAAACUUGCCGUAAUUUACGAUAUUCAGAAGAAUUGCCGCAAUUUACGAUAUUUUACUGUAAUUCACGGCAAUUUAUGGAAAUUUGCGACAAUUCGCCGUAGCUUACGGUAAUAUGUCGCAAGUUUUCAUAAAUUGCGGCAAUUUUGCAGUAAAUUACGGUAUUUUGCGGUAAAAUACGGUAUUUUUCCGUAAAAAUACGGUAAUUUGCCGUAAUUCGGAUCCGCUAGGAAUGUAUAUUGUUGGUCCAAAUUAAAAAUAGUUUAGGAUGAUAUUAGAAAACACAUAAUGCAGGUUUUAAAUCCGUCUCGAAUUUUUAAUAAAUAAAUAAAAAAGAAAAAUUAAAUACGCCUUCAAGUGCCUGCUGUGGUCUUUACAGACCUUAUUGUAUUAAAUUACCAAAGUCAGAAACAUGCUAUUAAUAGUAUUUACAUAUAUUCCAUAUUUAUUAAUAGUAUUUGUAAUAUUUAAUAAUACAUGUAUCUAAUCAA